GCACAAAUCGCAUAUACCAACUCCCAAAAUACAUCAAUCUUGUCCACCUCAAUAAGACAAUAACCAUGUCAUUAUCGCAGUCUUCCGAUUCAGAUGAUCACCACACCCACCAAAAUAAUGCAACAACAUUCAAAAUAUAUUUUCAUUCCUUCAUUGGAAAUGGCCCUGUAGCAGACGUUCUUUUAUGGAGAAACACAAGAGUAUCGGCAUCACUUUUACUUGGGACUACUACAAUGUGGUUUCUUUUUGAGGUUUAUGAAUAUAAUUUCGUUUCUCUUCUUUGUAACCUCGCCAUUAUUGGCAUGUUGACAAUCUAUGUCACAUACACCAUGGCCAAAUAUACUCAAUGGGAUCUUCCGGAUUUUGAAGAAAUCACCAUACAAGAAGCAGCAUUUAAAUGGUUAUAUAAGAAAACAAACAGAUUGUUACUUGAAUUUUACUAUACAGCAAGUGGAGAGGAUCUCAUUCGUUUUUUCAUGACACUGAUAUCGUUAUGGAUGAUAUCUGUUAUUGGAAGCCAUUUCAGUUCUUUGAACCUUAUAUACCUUUGUUUUCUUUGUGUUGGAACCCUACCGGCUCUAUAUCAACGAUAUGAGAAAGAAGUUGAUUACCUUGUAAGCAAAGCGAUUAGAGACAUGAAAAUUGUUUUGAAACAAUUUGAUUCUAAUGUUCUUAGCAAGAUCCCAAGAGGACAAGUGAAAGAAAAGAAACGCAAAUAAACUGCAAAGGCAGGUUAAAUAAAUUAUUACAGAAACUUGUAUAUAUGACCGUUUGUGUAUAGAAUUAUUAUAAAGUAUAAGUUAAAGAUGUACACG